GAGGCCACUUACGCGCUUGUCGUCGCUGAAUCUUCAGCUAUAUCAUAAAUUAGACGGCGACAUCUUGUCCCUGACCCGUGCCAGCCAUGCCCCUCUCCCCCGGCCAAAUAAUCAAAGGCGCUCGAGCAUCAUACCGACUCCUGCACCCUUUAAAAGGUAAAACCGUUUUCAAAGCCGAGAUCCUACAAGCCCGUGAUAUCACUCAACGGUGGGCCGUAGUCAAAACCGCGACUGGCUCCCUGGAACGGUCUGCUCUGCAGCGCGAAUACCAGACCUACCAAAACCCCUUCGUAGCUGAAAGCCCAUUUAUCCGCUCCCUCCACGAGGGGGUGGGGGACAUGGAAAGUCUCGACGCUGCGCCUGUCGACGGUGUGGCGCCGCCGUGUUUGGUGUUGGAGUGGAUGGAUACUGAGUUGCGGUUAAUCUCAUCAAGUGCAUUUCGUAGCGGGGAACUGCCUAAACAUGUUGCGAGACAGGUGUUGAAGGCAUUGUGGGUGUUGUAUUAUAUUGAUUCUGCGCAUACUGAUGUGAACCUGAAUAACAUCCUAAUCUCGAACCUCAACUCGCCGGUGCCGGUUGUCAAGCUCGCGGAUUUGGGGAUGGUGACCCCAGAAGGCUUCAACAGCCAGCGCCUCCAAUCCCUCCCCUGCCGCGCCCCAGAGGUCUGGAAGAACCAGGGCGUCUCCCAUGCCUCAGACAUCUGGUCUCUCGGUGUUACACUCGUCCACUGGCUCCUAGGUAAAUCCAUCUUCGGAGCGCGAGAUAAACGCGUCGAAGGACUCACAGAAGCAUAUUGUAUUGCUAAACUAGAACGACUCGUUGGACCACUGGGGGAUCUGCCGGAGGGGUUAUCGGUGGAGGCUAGGGAGGAGUUUAGGAUGGCGGCUCUGCUGAGGGAUAUGGAUAUGCCUCCACCGGGAAAGGGGAAGUUGAUUGAUGUGAGGCCGCUGAGAGAGGAGCUCGAGCAGCUCCAGGACCCAGUGGUUCCGCCGGGACUCAUCGAUUUUAUCGAGUCGCUGAUAGUGGUGGAUAUGGAGAAGCGGCCGAUUGCUCAUGAUGCGUUGAAGCAUCCGUAUUUGGAUAUUAGCAGUGAAUCUAGGAAUGGGGUUUCGGUUGUGGCUAACUGAUUUUAGUUGUCUUGAAGAGCUACACUCAAAUCUUAUAGGGUUGUAUAAACGUUGUGAGUAUCACUAGCGUUGGUGUUCAUUCAUAAGGUUAGGAGC